CUAUCUGUACGCUGUGGAGAGGACUGACACAUCUCCAACAGAAGAGGGGGUGGCUGGUUCAUCGCUUCUCUGCUGCCAGCAUCCUGAGUUCACCCCUCCUCCCUUUUACGCCCUCAGGAGGAUGGUGCAGUCCAGAGGAUGAGCUGCCUCCACCCUUGAGGCAGAGGUUGCCCUGGAUGAUGCACAAGUCACCAGCGUCUCCCAGCCCCAACCCGCCCAGAUCCUCAACAAGAAGGACCUCCAUCCUACCUGUGGUACCAGCUGCUCCUGGCGAACAAAAUAUAAACUCCACAAGUUAUUGAUCGACGUUUGUUGGGACCACCGAUUGCUGUGGCCAGGCCAGGCCCGGCCACCAUGAACGCAGCGCGUCGGGAAGCGGUGAUGGUUUCCACGGUGACCAGUCCGGAGCGGGAGGCCGGACACAACGCCACGAACACCCCCAGCAGGCAGGACGUGUUCUCACACAUGAAGAACAAGUUCAUGAACGAGCUCGGCAAAAUCCCCAUGCAUGCAAGAAAAUUACCUCCCUGGGCCCUGGCUGCCAUUAUCAUCGUGCUGUGCCUGCUGCUGCUCUGCUGCUGUCUCUGCAUCUGCAAGAAGUGUUGCACCAAGAAGAAGAAGCAGAAGAAGGGGAAGGACAAGGGCAAAGCACAGAUCAACAUGAAGGAGGUGAAGGGCAUGGGCAAGAGCAUCAUCGACAAGGUACAGCCAGAUGUGGAGGAUCUGGAUCCAAGUUUACUGGGAGACGAGAAGAGAGAGGAGGAGAAGCUGGGAAAGCUGCAGUAUUCUCUGGAUUACGAUUUCCAGAGUGGCCAGCUGAUUGUGGGCAUCAUCCAGGCAGCCGACCUGGCCGCGCUGGACAUCGGCGGGACGUCUGACCCCUACGUCAAGGUCUUCCUCUUGCCGGAUAAGAAGAAGAAAUUUGAGACCAAAGUUCAUCGAAAGACACUCAACCCCACGUUUAGCGAGUCGUUUACCUUUAAGAUUCCGUACUCUGAGCUUGGGGGUAAAGUCCUCGUCAUGGCCGUGUACGACUUUGACCGCUUCUCCAAACACGACGCCAUCGGGGAGAUCCGCAUUCCCAUGAGCAGCAUUGACCUCGCACACGUGAUCGAGGAGUGGAGAGACCUGGAGUCAGCGGAGAAGGAGGAGCAAGAGAAGCUGGGAGAUAUCUGCUUCUCCCUCCGUUACGUCCCGACUGCCGGCAAACUCACUGUCAUCGUGCUGGAGGCCAAGAACCUCAAGAAAAUGGACGUUGGUGGACUCUCAGAUCCGUACGUGAAGAUCCAUCUCAUGCAGAACGCCAGGAGGUUGAAGAAGAAGAAGACCACCAUCAAGAAGAACACUUUGAACCCGUACUACAAUGAGUCCUUCAGCUUUGAGGUGCCUUUCGAGCAGAUUCAGAAGGUGCAGGUGGUGAUCACCGUGCUGGACUACGACAAGCUGGGGAAGAACGAGGCGAUCGGCAAGUGUUUUGUGGGCUAUAACGGCACAGGCAUGGGUCUGCGCCACUGGUCAGACAUGUUAGCAAACCCCCGACGGCCAAUUGCCCAGUGGCACACCCUGCAGCCCGAGGAGGAGGUGGACAUAGCGCUGGGGAUCAAGACUUCCUGAUGCCAACACCCACACCCGCACACCCUGUAAUUGAUAAGCUUUGAGCAGACGUUUGUUUUCUGUGGCGAUUUGUAAAAUAUAUCACAAACAAGUUGUUGAUGAGCCUACACAUGUACCUGUUUCAGGAUGUUCUUACCUUGAACAAGCCCAGGGCUUAGGUCGACCUUUCAGACAACCUGGCCUCAGUCAUUCCAUUCAAGGAAACGUUUUUAUUCUGGACCUGGUUGUAUUGUUCCCCUGUUGUCGUUAUAUGAUUCUGUAGCGUCGUGCCUGUAUUGUGAGGGGGGAGAUGGAACGGGUGUGGCAUUAGUAACGAGGAUUAAGGACCUGAAACACCAUCAGAGAUCACGGUGAACAGACAGAAUUCUAUUUUGUGAACAGAACUUUGAUCUGUUGAAUAAAACCGGUUAUUGUUCCUCA